AUGGCUCGAUUAGUAAAUAAUUUUACAGUCUCUUGUAGAGAAAUAAUAAAUAAUGGAUUGGUUAAGGUGGAUUAUAUUUCAACACGACCAGAAAAUUGUAACUGCGAUUUUAGAAUAAAUCUUUUUUAUUGCAAAGGUGAACAAAUCUAUCGUAUAGCAACGUGGAUAUUACUGAUUUAUUCAAUUAUACUUGGAUGCGUUUCUAUGUAUAUAUUAUAUUAUCGAAUUUGUAAAGUUGGACAAUCCAUAUUUUUUCAACCUUCGAAACGUAGGGGCAUUCUUCGACCACGUCCACAAGAAACCUUUCACCUGAUCUGUUGUACAUAUAAUACAUUACAAGCAACUCACCAUUUAAUUAAGUUAUUCGAUGGAUAUAGCAAUACAUUAUGGGCCGAACUUUAUCUCGACAUAACUAAGCUAGUUUCUUAUGCACUUGCAACACUUUACCCAAUAAGCAUAAUUUAUUCAACGCCAACUGUUGAUCUAACAACCAUGCGAUGGACACCAAAUAAAUACUUGAUAGAUAUUGUAGGAUUUUCAUUAAUGAUCUUCCCCUUCAUCAUUAAUAUACCAAUCGCAUUCUACACCGGAUAUUACGCCGACAACAACGAUAUUAAAAUGGCUGAUUACUUUUUUAAACUUCAUUACAUAAUGUGGAGCUUUUGGUGUUCCGUUUUAUUAGGCAUAUUAUUGAUAUUUUGGUAUAAAUUGAUCAACAUUCUAAACAAGCAUAUGAAAUUGAUAAACAAUCGAAGGAAUAGAACGAACAUUGAAGACAUAUGGAAAUUAAAAAAGCUAAAAAGAGUCGUUAGAAACCUGACUAUAGUUGUAUUUUCUUUUGGGUCCAUAUUCUUGCUUCAUUUUAUAUUUGAUUUAUUAAGGGCUUUAUGUUAUAAAUCGUUUACGGUUCAUAAUUUUGAAUUAAAUGUAGGCUCGAUGUUAUUUGCGUAUUAUGUAAUUCCAAUUUCGCUUAACAUUGCUCAAUUCACUAUGAUAUAUCACAUGUUACGAACAACGCAGGAAUCUCAAAAUAUCGCCACGCCUUUAAGAGUUUUCCGUAAAUCCGGAACACCUGAUAGUUCCACCGUCGAGUCAAGUCAGGUGUUGCAUAGUUCCAACGAUAACAUCACUUCUAACUCAAUAGUGAAUAAUGAAUGUCAUUUAUGCGAUCAAGUUAAUGAAUCAGACAAACAAUUAUUUAGAUAUGAAGAUUAUUCAAAUAAUUCAAGAUUUAGCAAUAAAUAUUCAAUAAAUUCAAUAACAAUUUUCGGACAAAGUUCAGUGUCUUUAGGUGAUAUGCAUUCGUCUUCCGAAAUUUAUAUUACAAGCGAUGUAUUUAAUCAAAGAGAUCUAAUUAAUUCUAACGAGGAAAGCAAUAUUGAUGAAAGAAAACCUAACAUGGAUGAUGACGAUCCUUGUUAUACAUAUAAUCAUGAUAGAAAAGAAUGGCUAGCCGAAAAACCUAAAAGGGUUCCUUUGAAAAGAUGA